GAUGACAGAUAUUUUUGAUAGAAUAGUAGUUGCCAUAAGAAAAAGACCACUAUCUUAAAAGGAAAUUCUUAAAAAGGAGGAAGACAUAAUUAUUGUACAAAAUGAUAACAGUGUGAUCGUUAAAGAAAUUAAGUAAGAUUAAUAAAUUAAAUGACUGAAGAUAAAAAGUUGACCUCACCAAAUAUAUUGAAGAACAUUAGUUUAAUUUUGAUCUUGCUUUCAAUCAAAACCAUUCAAAUGAAUAAGUCUACAUAAAUGCUGUUAGACCUAUAAUUCGUGCAGCCUUUCAAAGAGCAAAAGUGACAUGUUUUGCAUAUGGAUAAACAGGAAGUGGCAAGACAUAUACAAUGAUUGGAGAUUUGGAGAGAUAAGUACCUGGAAUGUAUUUAUUGGCUGGUUAAGACAUAUUUUAAAUAAUUGAAAUGGUAAAAUUAUUAAAUUAAUAUUAAAAUUAGGAAGAAUAUACACAUCUAUAAGUAUAUGUGUCAUUUUUUGAGAUUUAUUGUGGAAAAUUGUAUGAUUUACUAUCUUAAAGGAAUUAAAUUUAAAUAAGAGAAGAUGCAAAAGGUAAUGUGAAUAUGAUAAAUUUAAUGGAGAAAAAGAUAAAUUCAGUAUAAUAAUUAAUGCAUUUCAUUUAAUUAGGGUAGAAUGUUAGAAUUACAGGUAUAAAUAAUAAAAAUAAAAAUAAUAGCAUCAAAUAGUUCAAAUUCUGAAUCAUCAAGAUCUCAUGCAAUAUUAUAAGUGAUAUUAAAAUCAGGGAAAACAAUUCAUGGAAAGAUGUCAUUCAUAGAUUUGGCAGGUAGUGAAAGAGGUGCUGAUGUUUAAGAUUAAAAUAAAUAAACUAGAAUAGAUGGUGCUGAAAUAAAUAAGUCAUUAUUAGCAUUGAAAGAAUGUAUAAGAGCUUUAGAUCUAAAUAAAAAUCAUACACCUUUUAGAGGAUCUAAAUUAACUUUGGUAUUAAAAGAUAGUUUGACUGGUAAUUGCAAGACAGUUAUGAUUGGAAACAUUUCUCCAAGUUCACAAAGUAGUGAGCAUACUCUUAAUACAUUAAGAUAUGCUGAUAGAGUUAAAGAGUUAAAAAAACCAGAAAAUAGAUUGUGUUAAGGAGAUUUAAUGUAAAGAGAAUUAAUGUUGGCUAGACAGACAAGUAUGAUAGUAUUUAAUAUAAAUAGAAAAUAUUACUAGAAAAUAAUUCAAUGAAGAAGAAGAUUAAGAAAAUGUGAAAAGUUUUAGUCCAAUUUCAAAUAUUAAAAGAUAAUCAUUAUAACCUUUACACUAAUCUACUUAAAUGUAUAAUAAUUAGAAUUUUAAUUAAUAAAAAGAUAAUAGAAAGAGUGACAUUUCUUCUGUUAUCCAUAAAUUUAAUUUAUCUUCUAUUCCAUCUAUUAAUGUAAAUUUUAAUAACACUUAAUAACUUAAUUAAUCUAAUUACUUUCCUACUCAUUAAAGAAUAAACUCUGCAACUAGUUACUAAAAUGAUUAUGAUCAUUUCAAUAAUAGUUAGACAAAUUUAUUCUUAAAAACUUAAAAUCCAUCUUAAUAAAAUAAUCAACUAUUUUAAUAGCAUCAAUUUAAUCAAACUAAUACCUACAGUGAUUUAUUCAGUGAAUCUCCUUAUCAAUCCUAAUAAGAACAAGGAUUUCGAUAAUUAAAUCAAUAGGCAGUUUAAUAAAGUUAAGAAUUAGAAGAAGAAUUUGAUUAUUCAAUACCUUAAAAAUCAUAAAGAUAAGGAUAAAGCAAUUAUUCUUCAAUUGUUUAUGAACAUAAAAAUUUAAUAGAUAAAAUUAUUGAGAUUUCUAAAUUAGUAUAUUAUAAUUUUGAUUAAUUUUAGGAAAUGAAAGAAAUAACAAUUUAUGAGAAAUAAUAUGAUAUGCAAUCUUAUUUAUAAACAAUUUCUUAAUAAUUACAAUAAAAGGUUGAUUUGAUACAAGAAUUCUAACAGAAAGUUUGUGAAAUGUAAUAGUAAAGUCAACAUUGGACAUUUUAACCUAAUGAUAGCUAAAAUAAAGAUGAUUUAUUUCAAUAUACUAAUUACUGA